AUGGUCUCUUCGAAAAGCGAUAUUGCAACUGUAAUAGGAACGAAGCGACAAGUUCCUGCACAAAUUAUCGGACAUCUUGGGAAGGAUUGCAUAGUUAACACGGUUAAUGGAAAGAAUGUGAUCAAUUUCACAGUAGCGCACACAGAAAAAUAUAAGGACAGCCAGGGAAAUCAACAGGAGAGAACGACAUGGGUUGAAUUUGCACCUGGUUAUGCCUAUGGAUACGGAUGGGAGUUUACACGAACAGGUAUUGCUCCGAAUGAUACCAUCGAAACCAUGGAGCAUAGCGGAGCCAUCCGGGCUUUUCGCGCG